AAGCCCAAAAUACUAGAAGCUUAAGCGCGCCCUUUUGCGUCGUCAACCUCCCAACCCCCGCCUCUCUGAGUCAUCACUAUCACUCAUGGCUCCCCCCAAAAUUCUGCUCUCCGGUGACAUUUCCGGCAACCUAAAGCAGCUCAUCAAACGCGUCGUUUCGGUCAACAAAUCGGCGGCGGGUCCAUUCGACGUGCUGCUCUGCGUGGGCCAAUUCUUCCCCGACUCGGCGGACCAGCUCGACGAGUUCAACGAUUACAUCGAAGGCCGAGCCCAAAUUCCUCUCCCGACUUACUUCAUCGGCGACUACGGCGUCGGCGCCGCCAAGGUCCUCCUAGCUGCGACGAGAGACGCCGGCAACCAAGGCUUCAAAUUGGACGGCUUGAAGAUUUGCAACAACCUCUACUGGUUGAAAGGCAGUGGCAAGUUCACGCUCCACGGGUUAUCUGUGGCAUAUUUAUCUGGUCAGCAAUCUUCGGAUAGCCAACAGUUUGGUACGUAUAAUCAGGACGAUGUUGAUGUAUUGCGAGCGAUUGCUGAGGAGCCUGGAAUUAUUGACUUGUUCCUAACUAAUAAAUGGCCAAGUGGGAUCACUAAUAGAGCAAAUAUAUCUGAUGCUCCCCCUGGAGUUUCCGAGCCUUUUGGCACUGACAAUAUUGUGGCAGAGUUAGUAGCCGAGAUCAAGCCACGCUAUCAUAUUGCAGGCACAAAAGGCGUGUUCUAUGCACGUGAACCUUACUCUAAUGUUGAUGCUGUGCAUGUCACACGCUUCUUGGGUCUUGCUCCAGUAGGAAACAAAGAUAAGCAGAAAUUCAUUCAUGCGCUUUCUCCUACUCCAGCAUCUACAAUGUCUGCUAUUGAGAUUAGGGCGCAGUCGACGACCACUACCUUAUCUCCAUACACAUAUAAGGAGAAAACAGCUCAUUCAAUAGAAGCUGGAAAGAGGUCUAGCGAUAGUAUUUCUGAUUCUCAGUACUGGAGAUACGAUGUCCCACAAAAAAGGCAGAAACAUGGAGAUGGUAAUAGGCUUUGUUUUAAGUUUGUAUCAUCUGGAUCUUGUCCUCGAGGGGAAAGUUGCAACUUUCAACAUGACGUAGAUGCAAGAGAACAAUCGUUGAGAGGUGUUUGUUUCGAUUUUAUGAACAAAGGUAAAUGUGAAAGGGGUACAGAGUGCAAAUUUAAGCACAGCUUACAGGAUGAAGGUGACAGCAAUUCUCAACCGGGACGUGGAUCUGGAAAUGCUAACAGAAACAGGUCAACAGAGUGUUGGUUUUGUUUGUCAAGCCCCAAAGUAGAAUCACAUCUCAUUAUCAGCAUAGGGGAGCAUUACUAUUGUGCCCUUGCCAAAGGCCCGCUUGUUGAAGAUCACGUAUUGCUAAUCCCUAUAGGUCAUUCACCAAAUACCGUUUCUCUACCCUCAGAAUGUGAUAUUGAGCUCGAUAAGUUUCAGAAUGCUCUGAAGAAGUAUUAUAACAAACAAGGAAAGGAAGUUGUUUUCUUUGAAUGGGCUUCGAAACGUACUACUCAUGCUAAUCUUCAGGUUGUUCCUGUUCCUUCAGCCAAAGCAGCUGCCCUUAAAAAUAUAUUUAACUUAGCUGCUGAAAGGCAGGGGUUCAAGUUCACAACCAUGAAAUCCGGUAACAAUUAUGAUGGGAGAACAUUGUUAGGGGAACAGUUCGACAGAAAUUUUAGUUUCUUCUAUGUUCAGCUCCCUGAUGGUACAAUCCUAUCACAUUCGAUUGAAGAGAAUGAGAACUUCGUACCUCAAUUUGGACGCCAGGUUAUGGCGGGUUUGUUGAAGAAGGCCGACAGGGAUGAUUGGAAGAACUGUACAGAUAGCAAAGAAGAGGAAACCAAGAUGGUGGAAGAUUUCAAGAGUGGAUUUGGAGAAUUCGAUCCAAAUAAGUAAUUUCUCAGAGGGUAGUAAACACUGAGAGUCAUAAACUUGUGACAUGAUGUGAUAUCAAACGUACUUUUGCACUUCUCUGUUUCCGGUUAAGUUCCCUCCAAAUUCUUGCAAUUCUGAGAACCAAAUCCAAUGUUGCUCCGUAUAGGUCAUUUUUUCCAUCACUUUAAGGUGGAUAGCUACGACUUUGGACAACAACUAACCGCAGAUGUUCUCUAAUGCUUCCUAAACCGAACAACUUGUCAGUGGCUCAUUCUCUCUGCAACAAGUGAGAUCAAGAGGUGGCCUUCAAAGAUGAGACAUAGUCCAGUAAGUUAAACUCAACUGCUGAUUGAUACCGAUUUUUGUUUAUCUGUUUUUUGUAUUUUUGGAUUCGGAAUCUGUGUUGCUCUGUUAUGAAUCCGGCAUUGUAAUUUUCUGCUAUCUUCACCGCAUUAGGUGCCGUAAAUGUGAAAUCACAUGCUUUAAGUUAGCUGUUUUCAGUUUUGUGGCAAUAGAAACUCAAUAAUUGCACACCA